AUGGCGACACAAGAGCGGGCGGAGCAAUCGAGGGGGGUUGUCCUAGAGCUUCCAACGGAGGUUUGCCCUGGUAAUAAGGAGAAGAAGGUUCUGGGUGGGUCGAAAGGGGAUGCUGGCGGUAUGGGAUCAGGAAGGGAAGGAAAGAGAGGUGGGGCUGCUGGGUCUAAAGGCCAGGAAACUAAGGGCGCUCGUGACAAAGGCAAUGUGGACAAAGGGCAUGUGGAUAAAAUGAUGUUAGGGGGCAGCAAGGGAGUCAGUGGUGGCGUGGCGAGCGCUAAAGAUGGGAAGCAGGGAGCUGGAUUGGUGGCGGCAGCUGGGAUGGAAGGUAAGAGGGAGGUGGGGGUUAAAUCCUCCAAUCAAAAGAAGCAAGGGGUCAGUAGAGGUGAGAAGAUGAUUGUGGACACUAAUGGGGGAAGAAAAGAAACAUGGGAAGCUCGCUAUAAGAAGAAUAAUAAAGAGGGACCAGGCGAAGCUGGCAUAAAAAUAGGGAGUGGAGGGACAAAAAAAUCACUCAAAAUAAAAAUUCCCUUGAGAAAGAAAGAUGUUGAUAUGCAGGGGAUGGCUGGGGAUCAAAAGACAGGAAAGGACAUGGGUCCUAAGCUGGGGAAUGAUCAUCUUGCAGGGAAGGAUAAAGGAAAGAAGGUGGAAGCGGGAGGACAAAGUGCAAAGCUGCCAGGAGAAGAUAUGAAUUUGGACGAGAAGGAAGUGGGGAAGGAGGGGCUGGAAAUUCACCAAAGGAAGGUAGACGCGGCAGAGGAAAUGGUGAGUGGUAGCAAUGGGAAGCAGGUGGCAUUCCAAAUGACGGCGCCGGAUCGGAGGAAGUUGAAGAAAAGAAACGAGCUGCAGCAAUGGUUGAGGACCUCAUAG